AUGAUGGAAAAAAAUACAAAUACACCGGCCCCAGGUCAUCCAGGCUACGCGGAAAUUCCGGGCCAUGGAUCCAAGGGAUCUGCAUCAAAAAGAAGGAAAACUGCAGACUCAAAGACUAGUAACACAGCAUCAUCAACAUCAUCAACAUCAUCAACAUCAUCAACAUCUGCAUCAUUAGCAACAAUAGAUAUGACUGUUUCAUCCCCUGGGGUGUCUGGAGGACCCACCAUACAACGUCGAUCUACACCCAAUCCUGGAGCCUCUGGAGGUUCCUCAGGCACUGGUCGACGACGAGGUCCUUCUGCAGCUGCUACAGCAGCAGCGGCUGCAGCAAAGUUUGCAGAACCUAUUCUUCAAUUCCCAGUCCGCAUCAACCCCCCACCACCACAACCCCAAGAUGCAGGAAUCAUCCCGCAUGCCCCGCACCUGGUCCCCGCGUCUUUCGACGAGAUUGCACGUCAUCCUCUCGUGAAACCGACACCAGAAUUAAGAGAAGCCAUUAGUGGAGUGGUAGGAAUGGUAUUAGGGGGAGUAGUAGGAGGAGGCAUUAAUGACACGCCUGUGUACUCUCCGCGACCGAUUAUGGGUGGAUCGACAGUAAACACCAUGGGCGGGGCCGUUGCAGCAGCAUUGGCCACGGGCCCAUUGUUGGCACAGAUUCAACGGCCUGGAUCAGCGUUUAGUACGGGCACCGCAACACCCAAUGCAAGUAGUAGCCGGGCGUCUUCCAAAGAGGGGACACCCGAUGCAACAGCAGCAACGAGUAUGACAGAAAAAAGCAAUGAUAAUAAACGCGCGUUAUUAUACUAUACAGACGACCAUCCACAGAAUCGUCGAGGGUUCCGAUACACACACUGCAAAGCAGUGGGGUCUGCGCUGCCGGCAUUACAAUACACAGCUAUUGAGGUUCCACCAUAUGCUGCUCGGGCGUCUUAUUUUGAUCGGUCGCCGAGCGUUGCACUUUCUAAAGAUGCGAUGACGGUGUCGACGUUGCGGGGGUUUAGCACAGCUCGGGCCAAUGUUUUUGUGCGAGAAGGUCACUGGUACUACGAGACUCGGAUUCUACACGGCGGGGAAAGUAAGGCUGUGACAGGUGGGGGGUCUGGUACAGCGGCGACAUUUGUACCUAAUGGGGCAGGAGGCAUGAGUGAUACCACGGGGACUGGAACAAGCACGGGGGAAAGCACGCCGGACGUGUUUUGGGGGGAUGGGAAAGCGGCGGAGGCAGCGGCACGGACACGCGCUCAACGUCUUGCAGCAGGAGGACACGUACGGCUGGGGCUAGCCCGACGAGAGGCAUGUUUACAGGCUCCCGUUGGGUUUGAUGGGUAUGGUUAUGGACUACGGGACACGACGGGGGAAGCGGUUCAUUUUUCACGGCCGCGGCGGUUUGGAAAGGGGGAUGGAGUGAUGAGUGAGGAAGGGUUUGGUGCUGGGGAUGUGAUUGGAUUACAUGUUUAUUUACCGCCUAUUGAAAGUUAUAUGGGGAAACUACGUGCGCGGGAUGGUAAGGCUGCGACAUUGUCAUAUGGGACAGUGAGCCGGGACCGGAUUCCAAUUAAGUAUAAGGGGCAGUUAUAUUUUGAGUUGCUUGAGUAUCAGCCAGUGAAGGCGAUGGAGGACAUGAUAUUUUCCAAUAAGCGGGGGCCUAAUGGGGGGAUUAUUGAAGAGGAAGGUGGAGUGGAAGUUGGAGGAACAGCAAUAGGACAUGAAGAGUUUUUAGAAACGAUACCUGGGUCAUAUAUUGAUGUGUAUAAGAAUGGAAGGUAUUUGGGGAGGGCGUUUACAGAUCUUAAAUCAUUUAUGCCGCCGAGCUCGAAGCAUGGUAGGAAUAAGGAUUUGGCGCCUCCAACGGCAGUAACAAAGGGGAAUGAAGGGAUUGGGACUGGGACUGGAGGUGAAGGGACCGGAUGUGAAGGGACAGGAGAUGAAGGAUCAGUUUUUCCACUACUGCCGUUGCCAGCACCAGCACCGGCACCAGCACCAGCACCGGCACCUAUAGUUUCUCGACGAAACAACAAUAAUAAUAUUCGCAAGAAGAUUUUUUCACCUGAUGAUGGGCAGUUGGGGUAUUAUCCGGCGAUUUCAGUAUUUAAGGGAGGAAUGGCACAGUUUAAUUUUGGUCCACAUUUUGAUUGUUUACCCGAUGAGAUUAGAGCACGGAUGGAAUAUUCCAAAUGUUCAAGGUGGGGUGGAGGGGAAGAUAUAAUAGUUGGAGAAGAGGAGGUGAUUCGGCCAAUGUGUGAGAGAUAUGAUGAGCAAAUUGCUGAAGAUAUUGUGUAUGAUGUGAUUGAUGAGAUUGAGUUUUCAUUACAGGAGUGA